AUGAUCUCCCUCACAUUCAUGGUCAUAGCUGAAGAUCCUAUUGAUCACUUGUACAAGUUUGAUCAGUAUUGUAGUUUGUCCAAGACAAAUGGUGUCUCUGAAGAUGCAUUCAAGCUGAAGCUGUUUCCCUUCUCUUUGGGAGACAAGGCACAUCAGUGGGAGAGAACUGAGCAGGAUGCCGAGGAGCUGGUGGAGAACAUGGCAAAGAGUGAUUCAGUCUACAAUGAGGAGUAUGAUAGAGCCAACAGAGGGGAUGACCAGCAGACAAGGAGAGAUAUCAAGUCUCUGCAAGACAAGUUGGACUUGGUUCUUUUAAACCAAUCCAAGAAGGAACAUGUUAGCUUUGUUGGUGAUCCUAGUCAAGAGGUUCCUCCUAAGGUGAAUGAAGUGGAUGGGUUAGAAGGUCAAGAGGAGUUAUGCUUCAUCAACAACAAUGGUACUUGGUACAAGAAGGAGCCCAACUUUCAGUAUAACAACUACCAGCAAAGACCUUAUUCCAACAACCAACCAGGUGGUUACCAACCUAGGAACAACCAGCAAGGAAGCCAUCAACCUCAGCAGAACCCUCCUCCUGGUUUCUCCAACAAAGGAAACCAGUCUACUCAAGCCCAAGGAAGUUCUUCUCAACAUCAGGCUCAAGACACAAGUGUGGAAUCAAUGUUCAAGCAACUACUUGAAGCUCAGUCAAGAACUUUGGAGAAUCAGUUUGCCUCUAUGAGUUCCAACUCCAAUCGCCAACAAGGAACUCUACCAGGAAAACCAGAAAAGAAUCCCAAGGAGUCUUGCAAUGUUAUCAUCUCUACUACUUCUUCAAAGAUUGAGCUGAGUGAUUAUGAAAAAGAGGUAGAUGAGAUUGAGAAGAUAGUGUUUGGGACUGAGCUUGGGAAAGUUGAGCAAUUGGUUGUAGCAACAGCUGAAGCACAGAUGGUGGAUAAAGCUAUAGAAAGGGUUCAUGUACAAGCUGAAAGGAAGGUUGAAGCAAUGAAUCUGCUGAGAGUUGAGCCUAGUGCUGAGAAACCAGUUGAGAGGAGAGCUGACCAGAAGCUGAAAGAGGUGAAGAAAGACGACACUGAGAUUGAGCCACCACCGUAUGAGGUCCCACUCCCAUUUCCACAAAGGGUCCUCACCAAAGCUCAGAAGAAGGUUAUCUCCAAGCUCAGGAAAGAUCUUAGUGAUGUUGGGGUUAGGCUCCCAGAAAUCUCUGGUAUGCGUGAAGCUCAUGUCCAAAUGAUGCUCAUCAAGGACAUUCUAGACCACCAAACAGAAGUGGCCGAGCUUUUGGACAUCUCCAUUUUGAAGAUUGAUCCACCAGUCCCUCCAAAGUCUCUCCCUAAGCUAGAGUCUCAAGGGAAGUUCACAUUGUCUUGCUCCCUUGGUAAGAUCACUAUGAAUGAUGCUUUGGUUGAUUCUGGUGCAAGUGUGAAUGUGAUCUCAUUGGAAAUGGUGAAAAGUCUUGGUAUUGAGAGCAUGGAGCCAGACACAUCUUCUCUUAUGUUUGGGGAUUCAUCUUCUACAACCCCCAUUGGCCUCAUCAAGGAUUUUCCUUUGAAGAUUGGAGCAUGCACAAUUCCUAUAGACCUCACUGUUCUGAAGAUGACAACUGAGAAGAGAGUUCCUUUGAUCCUUGGCACUCCAUUUCUCACAACAGUUGGAGCAUGUAUUGAUUUCCCAAACAAGAAGGUCACACUCCUCAAUGUGAACAAGACUGUCUCUUACCCAAUCCAAUCUCCAAUAGAUGUUGGGUAUUGUGGAACAAUCACUUGUGAAGAACCAUCCAUUGAGAAGACCCAAGCUAAAGUGGUUGUUCCUGAGAAAGAAGAUCUUGUUGGAGAGUCCUCUAAAAAGUUGUGUGUUGAGCACUUGGAAAGUGCUAAAAGGGAGGAGGUGAGUAGAGCCACAAAAGCUGCUCAUGACAUGAGGAAGAUAGUGAAAGAACCUCAUCCUCCACCUCUUGAUAAGACUCCUCACACUCUCACUCUCCACCCAAUGAAGCUCAAGGAUGGAGCCAUUGAGUACAAGAUCAAGUGCAAAGGCAGGUCCAAGCCAUUCUCAAGUGCAAGGGCCAUCAUCACUCCUCAGCUUCAAAACGACCCCAUCAAGCUCCAAGAGCUCCUCUCUCAGGUCCUCACCAUCACUCUUGAAGGUGGGAAGGAUCCUACUUCUCACUAG